AUGAUUGGAAUAGAGAGAAUAGUCAAUGGCAGCGUACUUGGUAUGAUGCCAUUACGGAGAGAUGAUGCUGUACAAAGGCAAAAGCUUCAAGACCGCUUUCUAUGGAGCGAGCCACCCCCCAGCUAUUUAUCUCAACUACCUGAGCUACGGCAAUUCAUGAACCAAAUGACUGUUCAACAUCCAGGCAGCCAGCAACUCCAAAAGGAAUUAAAGGCUGCCAAAAUCAAAGGCCCAAAGGGUCCCGAUGGUCCCAUAAAUGAUGAUUAUAUGAUCCGCCUGUUGCAAAACGUUGGCAAGGAUGUAACCGAUCUGCUUGUGAAAACUUAUGUGAGGUACUUCGAGACAACUUACCGAGUUUUGCAUCCACCAUCCUUCUGGAAGGAAUACUCCCUCCUUUGGCACCCUUCAAGCAACGCUAAUCCUAGCUUCAUUUGCCUUGUAUUACUCAUGAUGGCGGCCACGAACCAUGUGCGGACGGAAGACACGUCGUUGUAUAAGGGACCCUCCUCACUUGCCCGUGAAGAAGCCUGCAUGUGGAUCGAGAAAUGCAAUGCGUGGUUGGCCACUCAGAGUCAGAAACAUAUGACUCUCGUAUACAUGCAAGCACAGUGCGUCCUUACUAUUGCCAAGAGGAUUAAUCAGUACAAGAACAAAAGAACAUGGACUUCCACAGGGAAACUCCUUCACUUUGCUAUUUCAAUUGGGCUCCAUCGAGACAUUGAGAUCCUUCAUCGUCAGCGUGGGAAUUCUUGCAAAAAGCGGACGUCCUUGUUUGACCAGGAAAUGCGACGAAGAUUAUGGUGGACAAUAGCUGAACUCGAGUUGCAAAGCGCCAUUGAAAGGGGCAUGCCUCCAUCUCUUCCAGAUCUAGUAGUUGAUUGUGGCUCACCCCUGAAUUGCAACGAUGAUGACCUGGACCCCGAGAUGACCCAGUGGCCCAGUUCACAUCCAGUAUCUCAUUUCACAUCAUCCGCAUGUCUACAUUAUUUGAGCACCACAUUCAAAUUGCGGCAAGAUCUUGUGGCUUUCAGUAACGGGGGCCGUCGGCAUCAAGGCCAAUUGCAAAGGAUGGUAGACAAGGUUCUUGACCAGAUUCCUGAAUGGGACAGUCAUGGCGCAGAAAUCGCAAAUUCACUAGCUGCCCUUCGAAUGGAACAAGCGACAAUUCUUCUGCACCGCCAAAUCGUAGUCUGCGAAGACGCCUCUCGCUCUAGUUUUGCGGUGCUUUUGGAGGCAGCUGUUCAUACCAUUGAUAUCCAUCAUAGGCUUCUAACUUCGCGACUCAAUGUUUGGAGCCUGUUUGACCUUGACAUACUGAACGCAGCUUUGAGUAUAGCAUACGCAUACACAAAGACGGGACUCAGAAAUGCCCGUAAAUCCAUGUUUGGCAGUUCGAUCUUAGAUGUCAACGACGCUGUUGCUUGCCUGGAACGCGGACUCGCUGUGCUCGAGCAGAUUGUGAUGCAUCUCGGAAUUGGCUUCCAGGCAUAUUAUGCCGUCUGUGCAGUCCAAGGGCUCCUUAAAAAGCACAAUUCUACUUCUGAGCAAAGUGAAGAGUAUCAUGCUUCGGAAAAGAUCGCCCAUAUCAUGAGACGGGUGCUGUCUCGAGAAGACAAAUACUCAGUUGCAGCAACAUUGGCGAGCCUUCCAAAUACGUCUUUCUUAACAGCUUCCAACGGUAAUGGGAUCGUAAAUGGUGAAUUACCACCUUUAAUUCCUCAAGAUGACAAUUCGCAAACAUUUACACAUGUCACACUUUUGACCGAAGAUGAGUCUUCCUACCAGGCACACUACGGUGAGAUUGCCACUUCUUCGGCCGAGAGUUCGGAGUUCGGCGUUCAGCAUCCUGCAGACGCGUCAGCCAAAGCGCUAACUACUGUUCGCAAACUUCGAGAAGGCAGAUCCACCACCAUGAAUCAAGGCAAAUCUCUGUCCGAGCUCAGCUCCACCAACCCUCGCUGGGCCGCCGUCGACGAUUACACCUUCUCGCACCUACAUCCUGCUACCCGCCAGAACCAUGCCGGCCUCACUAAUGCAGUCGAGACUUCCAAUGCCCACGGCCUACCGGACAUCGCAUCAUCCACUGGCCAAGCGAAAUUCCUCGCCCUCCAAUGUCAGAUGCUUGGCGCAAAGAACGCCCUCGAAGUAGGCACCUUGGGCGGCUACACAGCGAUUUGGCUAGCGACACAGAAUCCCUCCAUGAAGGUGACGACUCUAGAAUUCAACGACAAACACGCCGACGUUGCGCGGGAAAAUUUCGCGAAAGCCAGCGUCAGCGACAGGGUAGAGUGUAUCACUGGUCCAGCUCUAGACACGAUCCCGAAAUUGUAUGAUCAAAUUGAGAAAGGGAACAGGGAUGUGUACGAUUUUGUGUUCAUCGAUGCGGACAAGGGUAAUAAUUGGACUUAUUUCGACUGGGCGGUCAAGAUGGGGAGGCCAGGGACGUGUAUUGUAGUUGGUAAUGUUGUUGCGAGGGGUUAUCUAGCGGACUUUGAGACGCCGGAGGCACAAACGCAUCAUAUGGUGUUAGGUGGGAGAAAUGUUGUGGAGAAAGUAGGGAAAGAUGAGAGGGUCGAUUCGGUGGUCAUGCAGAUUGUGGGAGGGAAGGGUUAUGAUGGGUUUUUGAUGGCGGUUGUGAAGUGA